CCCUACUUCAUCGAUGGGAGCACCAAGCUGACCCAGAGCAACGCCAUCCUGCGCUACAUCGCCCGCAAGCACGGGAUGUGUGGUGAGACAGAGGAGGAGAUCCUCCGUGUGGACAUGCUGGAGAACCAGAUCAUGGACUUCCGCAUGAGCCUGGUCAUGGUCUGCUACAACCCUGACUUCGUGAGGACUGGGGGAGGGGGUUUGUCCCCCCCAGGGGUCCUCACCGUGUGUCCCCCCUCCCAGCUCACCUUCGUGGACUUCCUCAUGUUCGACGUGCUGGAGCAGAACCGCAUCUUCGAGCCCAAGUGCCUGGAGCCCUUCAAGAACCUCAAGGACUUCAUGGAGCGUUUUGGG